AUGCAUAUGCCGCGUAAUCGUUCUUCAAAACACUUGGAUCUAGAAGAUGAAGAGGUAUCCUCGCCGACAUUAGUAGAGCCUGAAUCUGCCGCACCAGCCAUUUCAAACGAUUCAAUCUUCUUCUCAGAUGCUUCCGCUCCCACGCCUGCACCCCUUGCGAAGCGUCUUCGUGCAUCCUUAGAAACCGCCCAAGAGGCAGAAGCUAUUUUUUCUCUUUCGUCCCAACCCAUUCUCGAUCAUUGCAGUGACAAGGAGAAUAGCAAUAACGAAGAUGAUAACGAUAAUGAUCUCCAUACCUCUUUCAGUCUCUCCCAACCUGCACCUUGCACUCCCAUAGCUAAUGAAAGCCGAGUUACCUCCAUGAUUCUUACCGAUGUCCCCAUCACCCCUAAACCAGCAUUUGAGGCAAUGCCAACUCCUGAAUUAAGAAAAGCCCUUUCGGAGUAUGGAAUACGACGUUUGCCGAAGAAGAAGGCAGUUAAAUUAUUGAAUCAUAUCUAUGAUGAAUUGCAUCCAUAUGUGGAGGUGCCUACUGUGAUUGAAGACAAUACGCCUCCAGAAGGAGACCACGACGAUGAGGAGGAUUCUCCAAGUACAAGUGUUGUGCCUGCGAGCACCUUUCAUUCAUUGCCAUCGAGGCACAUCAAUGCUCAGACUGCACCGGAAGGCAUUUCCAACUCGGAUAGUGAGUUUCCGAGGCCUGCAAGCACCCAGAACAUCUUCGAAGUCGUCUCCACUUCCGAGAAUGAGACAAUUUCGAGCAGCCAGCAAGUCUCAAGCGGCAAAAUUAAACAAACACCUGAAGCCAAGAACGACACGCUCAAAGCCCGUAUUUGGGAGUGCCUUAGAAACGACAAUCAGCUGUAUUAUAACAUUGUAACCUACGUGCCCUUGGAGUUGGAUUGUGUCAAAGCCAUGCUUCGAGAUGCCGGCAUUACUGUGGGACUGAGGCGUCUUUCUGAUUUGCUGGAUAAUUGGGGCGUCACCUUCACAACAAGAAAUCGAAAUGCUCCUAAACCCGGUAUGGACACAUCUGAUCCUACCUCCACAAAUUAUCUGUGGUAG